AACCUCGGGAGUGAAUUGUAAAAAAAAAAAAAAAAAUAAUAAAUUUGAAAAUAAUAUUUAAGAAAGAAAGAGAAAAAAUAAAAGAUAUAUAAUAAAUUCAAGUGAAAGCAAAUAUGGAUAAUUAAGAAUAAUAUUUUGAAUAUUAUAGUGAAGUGGAUAAAAAAAAAAAAAUAAAUAAAUAGACACAAAACUAUGUAUAUAAAAUAAUAAAAGUUUUCAAAAUUUUACACUAACAUUUGUGUGGCAUAGUGAGGCAAAAGUUUAUGUGGCGCUGGUGUAUAUAUAUAUAUUAUUAUUUUUUUUGAGGUAUAUAGGAGAGAAGAAGUUGUGUAAGAGCUUGAAAGUAAAAGUUGAAACCGCGCCGACUUCAUCGGUGACGGUGUGAGCGCGUUAAAAUUCGAUUCAAGCGACCAGACCCGAAUAUACCUUUCCAUUUCAUCGCUUUCGCUUUAUCAAAAAAAAAAACACCAGAUAAUAACACAAAUUUUUAUAAAAUUAUUAUCUAUUUUUUUAAUUGAUCUCUGUGAAUGAUGCUCAUCAUCAUCAGUAAUUAAAUGAAGUUAAAAAAAAAUAUAUAUAUAACAAAUAAACAAACAUAAUAAAAAUUAAUUUUGAUAGACGAAAAUUGAUCGAAUUUAGUAUCUUCACGUGUGUUUGUCCUUGAAAUAGAAGAGACGGGAGUGAAGAAAGCGGGGUAAAAAAAUUAUGUUAUAGUGAUGAAGAGCGGGAGUAACUCAAAAGAUAGAUACAAGAGAGGUGGAAUUCUCGUUGAUGAUCCGCAUUGCGUAACCGGAACGUAACGCGAGCCAACGUAACGAGCUAAAGAAAAUAUAUAUAAAAAUUUAUAAAAAAAUAGAAAAAGAAAGAAAGACAUUUGCAACGUGUCGAGGACGAGGACACUCGUUGACGUUACAGAGAGAAUAUAAAAAAUAAUAUAAAAAAAAUAAGGAAAAAAUAAAAAAAAAAGCGUGAUAACGCCACUGUGUUUUUUUUUUAUUUUAAAAUUUUUUUGCUCCGAAGAAAGACGAGUUUUCAUUCUGUACAAAGUCACACGAGUAGUUAGACCACGAUCUUCGACAACGCAACUUCCAAGCAAAGUCACGCACAUACACAAUAUAUGGCCCUCGACGAUUAUGGAAUUUUAAGUGUUUCAUUCAAGAACAAAAGAUAAUAUUAUAAAUAAAUAAAAAACAAGUGAUUUAUUUAAAAAAUAUAUUUUUAAAUUUUUAAAAAUGAAAAAUAUUGAUAAAUUUUUGGCUGAUAAUUUAAAUAAAUAUAUGAAAAAAAAUUUAACUAUUAUUAUGAAGAGACAAUAAAUAAAUAAAUAUAAAAUUUUCAUUUUACAACUAAAAUAAGGAAGUGAUAAUAUUUCGGAAGUCAUGCUGAUACUAUUUUUGUGUUUAUCUAAUUUGACUUUUACUUUGGUUUAAUAUUAUACCUUGGUAGUUUUGUGGCGUUUCGUAAAAGGGAUUACAAAAUCGACAAGAGGCCAGAUAUAAAAAAAAAAAAGAGAAAGAAAUAUUUAUAAUAUAUCCAAGCAAAGGAAACCAAUGUGGGGAAAGUAAAUGUGGCAGCGUUGAUGUGUGACUUGAAGCAAACGUUUAGUGAAAUUUUUCCCUUUUUUAUAUAAAAAAAAAAAACGAAAAAUUUAUACACAAUAAUUUAACAAUAUCAAAGACAAAUUUAAUAAAAAAAAAAAAAUUAAAUAUAGUCGGUUAUUUGUUGAAUUAAAAGUAUGCUUAAAAAGGUUAGCGGGAUAAAAAAAAGUUGUGAAGAAAAAGGUAAAAAAGACACGCGAAAGGAUAAGAGAAAGGAAUAGUUAGGAGACUUCUUGCGCGAGUCCUUGAGAGUAACCAACGGGUAAAAGUGCCGAGCCACAGCCGGCUGACCCUGGAGAACACACGCCAGUCAGGGAGAUACUGAAGAGGGAAUAUUUUUCAAACGUGUGUGUACAGUACAACCCGCCGACAGUGGCGGGUGUGACGAGUAAGAGACCAGAGGAAAAACUCCCAACAAUUUUUCUUUUAAAAAAAUAAAAUAAAUAUAAAACAAUUAUUAACUUAAUAAUUUUUUUUUUUUUUUAUUAAUACAAAUAAUAUAAUUAAUUAAAUAAAUAAAUUAUUGUGUUGUGCUUCACGCUUUGAUCGAGAUAAAUAUGGAUUUAAAGUGAAUCAACCGGAAGAAGAACAGUAAAAUAAUACAAACACACACAGGAAGUGACAGUGAAAGUGUCAAAAAGUUUUAUUUAAAUUCAUAAAUAAAUUAAUUCAAUUAAGCAAAGUGUGUUAAUGAAAAUAAGUGAAGCUUUUAAUUAUUUUUAAGUGAUUAUCAAAAUAAUUUAAGUAUAUGGAUCUCUUAGUGUCAAUGUGUUUAGCAAAUUUUAAUACUCAUAAAUAUAUGGAUCAUCAGUGCAUCGUUAAAAUGUUCCGGAACUCUUCCAGAGAGUCCUAGUUUUUAUUUAUUUAUAUUAUUAUUAUUAUUGUUAUAUUAUUGUUUCAAUAAUAAUUGUUUAAAAAAGUGACAAUCGGUAAAGAAAAUUUAUCGUCAUACAGGAUAAUUAUUGAUGUCAGUUGCGUGACUGGACGGAGGAUUAAUCAAGACGAUGUAUACAGACGGUCUACUGACACUCCAUUAUGGGAAACAUCCCGCAACAUUGGCUGCUGAAGUUGGAGCAUGGUAUGCUGGUGAUCGUCAUGUUGACGUUACACUUGCAUGUGAUGAUGGUUCAGUUGUUCGAGCCCAUAGAGUUGUAUUAGCUGCUGCAAGUCCAUUAUUAGCUAAUUUACUUUGUAAUGAAGCACUUGAUCAUGUUGUUCAUUUAUCUGGAGUCAAAAAAAUACAAUUAAAUCAUUUACUAGAAUUUUUAUACAAUGGUGAAGCACUUAUACCAUCAACAGAGCUGACACCACUGAGAGAAUUAUUUGAAUUAUUACAAAUAAAAUCAGAAUUAUUUGAUCCAAAUCAACCACAAACAUCAACUGAUUCUGAAUCAUUGAGAAUACCAACACCACAUCCAUCAGAUAGUCAAGAAAGUUCAAGUUAUGAAUCACAAUAUGACAGCAGUAGACAAUCAAAUAAUCCAGCAGAUUGUUGUUCAGUUUUAAUAAAAAGUGAAGGUUGUGAUGAAGAGGAUAAUGAGCAAGAUGUUGAUGUUGAAGGUGUUGAAAGUGAUGCUAUACAUUCAGAUAAUAGGGAAAGUAGUAUUGAACCACCAAGAAGAAGGGACAGUUCAGAUCCAGUUAAUUUAAGUCUUAAUUCUGGUACCUCAUCAAAAAGUGAUAGUUCUCAUGAUGCAAGUCAUAGACCAGAAAAAACACUUUUAGAAAGAAGAGAAUCAUUAGAAGAAGCAGAAGAAAGACGAAGACAGCUAGCAGCAAGAUUAUCACUUGGUCUUGAACCAGGUAAAAGAAAACCCGAAGAAAUACCAAUACCAAUACCAGCUGAAGCAUAUGUUGUAACACCACAUCGUAAAAGACGACCUGGUUUUCACAAUGCACCAGCACAAAAUCCAGCUUUUGUACCAUUUAAUCCUGGUUUUGAAACACCAAGAAGACUGGCAGCACCACAUCCACUUAGUGUAUCAGCACCACCAUAUCUGCAGGACAGAUCAUUAACACCACCAGGUGGUUCACAUAGACCACCAAGUGCUGAUCCAGCAUCAGUAUCAAGUAUUGAACAACCUUGGGGUGCAUGGGCAUUACCACCAGCAAGAGCACCACCACCAUCAUCACAUGAUGAUCAACCAAAAUGUAAUCCAGUUCGUGAAUAUCGUUGUACAUAUUGUGGUAAACAAUUUGGAAUGUCAUGGAAUUUAAAAACUCAUUUACGUGUACAUACAGGUGAAAAACCAUUUGCAUGUCGUUUAUGUGUUGCAAUGUUUAAACAAAAAGCACAUUUAUUAAAACAUUUAUGUUCUGUACACAGAGGUGUUAUUGCUGCACCAGAUAAUACAUUUUCAUGUUGUUUUUGUUCAUUAAGUUUUGAUAGUUUACAAGAACUUAUACGUCAUUUAUCUGGACCACAUAAUAAUUUAUUACUCAGUAAAAAUUUACAUGACUAACGAUGGCAUUAAAGCUCAUCGAGCGAAUUUAUCCAAAUAAUUUAAUACAAGUAAUACUGAAUUUAAAAUCAGCUCUUUAUUUUUCAUUUUUUUUUUUAUCUUGUAUUUUACAAUAACUUUUCGCUACGAUAGCUUUACAUAUUUAUGUCAUGUUAACAAAAAAAUAGGACAAAAAAUAUACAGUGAUAUAUUGUUAAACAAGAAAAAAAACAACAAAUAAGAAAAUAAUAAUUACAAAACAAAGGAAAUAAUAAUUUUCAGUUUACUAAUUAAAAAUCAAGAACUUUGAAAAUUUUUAUUUAUAAGUAAAAAUAAAAUAACAACAUCCAAUCAAGGAAUAAAAUUGAUUAUAGUUUGUAAUGAAUGUAUUGAUAAUGAUUAAUGAGUAACGAGUAUGUGAGUGAGAAUAAAUGAGUAGUGUUAUAAAAUUAAUAAUAAAAAUAAUUAAAAAAAAAAAACCAAUAGUAUAAAGUAUUUGAAGUAAUAGAUAGCAUUGAGGAAAACGAGGGGUUUAAUAGCAUAAUGAUUUUUAUUAUUAUUAUUGUUUUUAAAAUUCAAUUUUUUAUAAAUUUCAUAAUAAAUAAAAUAAAUUCCACAAUAUUGUGACUUUAAAAGUGAAUGCAAUAAAUUCCCCUCGUUAAAAAAAAAAAAAAAAAAUACAAUAAUAAAAUUUUAUACAAUCCUCAUUUAUUUUGUAAAUAAUGUUAAAUAAUUAUAGAUAAAAAUAUAUUAAAAAAUGAAUAUUAUUAUUUAUUUAACAUCUUGAAAAGGGACCAACCGACUUUCCACCGAUUUUUUGUUUUAAGUAUUUAAGUUUUUAGUAGAUUUUUUUUUUUUCUGCCCGUCGUUGCUGUGUUUAGAUAUUUUUUUUUUUUUCUUUUUUUUUUGUCUCAUGUGUAAGUUUGUUUGUUAUUUUAAUUAAGUAAUAAUAUAAAUUAAUAAAAAUUAAACAAAGUAAUAAAACAUUAUCCACCGACAACCACCGAUUUUUAGUUUUUUUUUUUUCAUUUUUUUUUUUUUAUAUAUAAGUCUAUGACUAGAAAGAAAUUAAAAGUAAAAAAAAGAAAAAAAAAUUGUUGUUUGAAAUUAUUAUUAUUAUUUAUAGAUAAAAAAAAAUAAUUGUUAAUGAUGACCUUGGCGAAGCGAGUGCCUUGUCAUGUGGGUCCAAAUUUGGUUGAUUGGGCAGUGAUUUCAUGUGUUCAUAGACUAGAUUUUACGAAAGUAUACACCUGCUUAAUAAACGUCAAUAUUAAUAAUUAACGUAAGCAGGUUAUUUACAAUAAUAAUAAUUGAGAUUAUCUCAGCUUUUUUUUUUUUUUUUUCUAGUUUUUACAGUAAUAUUUAAGUAUCAAUUUGACGCAGGACGUCAAAUUAAUUUCUUCUUUUUUAAGCUGCCUUUGGCUCGGUUAGAAUUGUUUUAAUUUUUUUCUUUAAAUUUUCAUUAAAUUUUCUUUACUUUUAUGUAAAUUAAAAUUCACUGUUUUUAGUUAAAUAAUUAAGUAAAUGACAAAAUAAUAAUAGCGCACAUUUUGUAAAAAUUAUUUUAAAUUUUUCUUUUUAUUUUCAAGCAGUACACCAAAGAUUUUGUUCGUAGGGCUAUUCGAAUGUGUAAUAGUAAGUUAUCAUUUCUCUUUGUUUGUAAUUUAUGAAAAUAAUAAAUAAUGCCGAAUUUCACAAUGUAACGAAAAAAAAGACCACAAAUAAUAAUUAAAAUUUAAAAUGAAAAAAAAAA